CCUGCUGGGGUUGUCCAGGCACAGUGAAAUGGAGCCAGGGGGUCUCGGGCACAUUUCAGCUACCGCAGUGGGCACCAUGGCCGUGGACGUGGCGGAACACCACCUGAGCGUCAUCAAGAGCCCACCUGACUGGGAGGUGGGUGUCUACGCCGCGGGGGCCCUCGCGCUGCUGGGGAUCGCCGCUGUGAGCCUGUGGAAGCUCUGGACAUCGGGUAGCUUCCCCAGCCCCUCCCCAUUCCCCAACUACAACUACAGGUACCUUCAGCAGAAGUAUGGCGAGACCUACGCAGAGGCCAGGCAGAAGAGAGCGCCUGCCUGGAGUACCCGUCGGGCCAGCACUCAGGGACCACCCAGUCGCAAAGGCAGCCUCAGCAUGGAGGACACCUUUGAGACCAUCAGCGAGCUGGGGCCCCUGGAGCUGAUGGGCCGGGAGCUGGACCUGGCACCCUACGGGACCCUCCGGAAGUCCCAGUCAGUGGACUCCGUCAACUCCAUCUCCUCCGUGAGCAAUACCUUUGGACAGGACUUCACGCUGGGCCAGGUGGAGGUGAGCAUGGACUACGACGCCGCCUCCCACACCCUCCACGUGGCUGUGCUGCAGGGGAAGGACCUCCUGGAGCGGGAGGAAACCAGCUUCGAGUCCUGCUUCAUGCGCAUCAGCCUGCUGCCUGAGGAGCAGAUCGUAGGCAUUUCCCGGAUCCAGAGGAACGCCUACUCCAUCUUCUUCGAUGAGAAGUUCUCCACCCCCCUGGACCCUGCUGCCCUGGAGGAGAAGAGCCUGCGGUUUUCGGUUUUCGGCAUUGACGAGGAUGAGCGGAACGUCAGCACGGGUGUGGUGGAGCUGAAACUUUCCGUACUUGACCUUCCGCUGCAGCCCUUCAGCGGCUGGCUCUACUUACAGGAUCAGAACAAGGCCGCCGACUCUGUAGGCGAGAUCCUGCUGUCCCUCAGCUACCUCCCCACGGCCGAACGCCUCACCGUGGUCGUGGUGAAGGCCAAGAAUCUCAUCUGGACCAGCGACAAGACCACAGCGGACCCCUACGUCAAGGUGUACCUACUGCAGGAUGGGAGGAAGAUGAGCAAAAAGCGGACGGCUGUGAAGAGGGAUGACCCCAACCCAGUGUUCAAUGAAGCCAUGAUCUUCUCGGUGCCGGCCAUUGUGCUCCAGGACCUGUCUCUCCGUGUGACGGUGGCUGAGAGCAGCAGUGAUGGCCAUGGGGACAACAUAGGCCAUGUCAUCAUCGGGCCGUCAGCUAGUGGCAUGGGCACCACACACUGGAACCAGAUGCUGGCCACGCUGCGCAGGCCUGUGUCCAUGUGGCACCCCGUCCGGCGAAACUAGCAGCUGGGGCAAGGCCAGGAGGGGCACCUGAGCUGCCUGGAGCCUGGCGCAAGCUCCGGGGUGACACCCUUCUCCAUUGUCCGGCUGGAGCCAUGAAUGCUGGGGUCCCCCGGUGGACUCCUCAUGAGCCAACUCGGUCCCUCGAUCUAGACUGCAGUGGAGAAAGAGCCAGAGUUUCUCCCAUGAGGACCAGCUGUAGCCGGACACUGACCCAUUGUUCUCCCAUUUUGAGAUCCCCAACCGGUCUGCCCCUCGGCCUGGAGUGACCUUGGCCUCAGACCUCCUCAUAUCCCACCCUGGCUGGGCGGCCAGCGCCACGCUGGGCCAUGCACUAGAACAGAGCAAGUCUUGGGGGCCGGGCGCUGUGCAGGCACCAGCAGGCGUGACAUGAACAAGACACAGACCUCGAAGACGCCAGGAAGACAAGAGCCUCUGUCCUGGUGAUCUGCUCAGUGUGAAUGGUGGCCCAGCCAGGCAGGGCUCAGGGUGGUGGGGGGGCGAGGGUACGGGGACUGCGGGACUACAUGGGAGCUAUGAUUUGAGGGACAAGGAAAAGAACUGAGAGUGACCAAGCCUGAGCAUUAGGGAGGUGGGCUUCUCUGCACACAGUCCUCAGCCCACUGUGGUGGACACAAGGGCCUCUCCGGGCAGGAGAAGAGACCAAGAGACCAGGCCGAGCAGAGCCCCGCAGGCCACAUGGGACACUGGCUCAGCAUCAUCCUCUGAAACCUACUCCCUUGAACCACGACCCUUAGGAGACCCAGAGGUCCGCAGAGG